CUUUUCAUGAAAAUUUGGAGAGAUGAAUUACUUUUGCCCUACAUUGUAAUGAUAACAAGAGCUAUUCUUGACGAAAUUAAUCGGGAACGCAAAGGCGAGAUCAUCUCAAAAUCACGACUUCGCGCUGUGAUUAAUAGCUUCGCUGAAGUACAUGAUAUUCUAAUAAUCUACGAGUGCAUGAGAGAUAAAGUUGAUUUAUCGGAACUGCCACGCUGUGAACUAUUUUUAGGCCCUAAAAAGCGGUACGGAGAGGUUCCACUUUAUGUCAAGUACUUUGAAAUGGCUUUAAUGUACGAAACUACCGCGUUCUAUGAGAAGGCGAGCCACUCGUAUUUGAUCGAACACACGGUGGAAGAUUACUUAAUAUGGGUAAUUAGUACGAAUCAAUUUACUCUUCUUCCUGUGAUGGGUUGCAUUAAAAGCGAAAAGAAGCGAGCAGCUUCCUAUCUUUCCCAGACAACAUGGAAGCCUUUGUUAGGGGCAAUUUAUGACGGUUUAAUUGGAAUUCACUUUGAGAAGAUAGCUGCCGAAUUUCCACAUCUCAUGAAGGAGAACAGAAAAGCCGCCCUAAAUGCAAUGUACAAACUUCUUUUCCAAUACCAUGGGGGCGUUAGUCAGCUGGCAGACAUGUUGGAAACAUUUGUGACUGAAUGGGGUACCAUGGUCUUGGCACAUACUAAACCUAUGCCCAUGGCCUUUAUGAUUGCCGUGCUAAAAAUAUUGAAGACCGGUGAGAACAUUCUUCAAAACGCCUUCGAUAAUGAUCGUGCCCUGAAGAGAGCCUUUGAGAGGGGUGUAAGAAAUUUUGUUAAUCACAAUGCCUUAACGAUAAAUUAUGGAGGGUCUCAAAUUGUGCCAGAACUUAUUGCCAAAUGCGCGGAUUUUAUUCUUCGAAAAGACUCAAAAUCCCGACUGAAGAAUGAACCGGAAGAUUGGAUGGACGCUAUGUUAAGAGUAUUCUGGUUCUUGGAAGACAAGGACGAGUUUCGAAAAUUUUACUUGCUUUACCUUUCUCGACGUUUGAUAUAUGAUAACUCCAUCUCCUACGCUGCUGAAUACACCAUGGUUAACAAAAUGAAUGAAUAUUGCGGUAAUGACUACACAAUUAGGUUUCGAUCAAUUCUGAAGGAUGUGAAUAGAAGUCAAUCCCUAAUGAAAGAAUUCAAUGAAUGGAAUCCAUUCGAGCCUAUCGGAGUUAAUAUCUCUAUUAUGGUACUCAGUUCAGGUAUAUGGAAUUAUGAAUCACAAAAUGACGUGGUCUUGCCUCCUGAGUUGGAGCAAUACAUCUCUUGUUUUGAGGAAUUUUUCACAUCUAAACAUUCCAGAUGCACAUUGGCAUGGUGUUAUCAUCUAUCGAGGGCAGAACUUACCAGUGUGGAUGAUAAUAUAUGCACCCGUUUAAUCGUUUCAACCUACCAGAUGGUUAUUCUUUUAUUAUUCAACAAAGCUGAUCGAUUUUCUGUCCGGCAAAUAAAGAACGCGACAAGCAUUGAGGAAGAUAAGUUGAUCCAAAUUCUCCAAUACUUAAUAAACGAGGGCAUUUUGAAUGUGGUCGGAAGGGAAGAGAACGCAGGAAAGCAGAGCCCUAAACCGCAGAAAAGGAAACUUGUUGAUUAUCCUCCAGAAGCACACACCCAGCAGUUAAAUAAUGAAGAAGUCUCUAGCCAACAGGAAGACCCAAACAUCACCCUAGACACUACUCUUACUCUUCGGUUGAAACAUAGACUUCAUAAUGUGUGUAUACGUCUUGAUGUGCCACUGGGAAAAGUCACCAAAAAGGAGAUGGAGAAGAGCAUACAAGAAGCUGAAAAAGAUCGUCGACAUUGCAUCCAAGUGCGUAGAUAUGCUUCCGCCUGUGUUAUUCGAAUACUUAAAGUGAGAAAUAGACUGGAACAUGAAGAACUGGUGAAAAAGGCUCUUGAUCAGUUAUCCUCUCGGUUUACACCUGAGAUUGGUCAGAUCAAGGUAAGAUCCUAUGCAUAUGUUCGCAAAGGAAUUCAAGUUAGAACACUUCCUCCAGAGCAAAAAAUGGAUCUCGUGAUAAAUAAACUGCGAAAUACAGUUUCGAGCGCUUUACCCGGCAAUCCCGUAUCCAGAGAAUUUGAUUUAGAAAAUCAAGUUGGCUCCUCAGGUCCAGGUCUUUUGUGGAAGCUCUUCUCUGCAAAUAAGAAGUCCUCAAAAGAACCAGCUACCGUGUGGAUAUUUGAAAAGAAACUAGUCGAUCGAUUCUCAAAACGCGAACGAGAGCUAAUCAUCGAUAAGCUGAAACAGGGUGUUGCUACUUUGACCCGUUUGAGACAUCCACGCAUUCUGUCUGUUGUACAUCCCCUUGAAGAUUCGCGAGAAAGUCUCUGCUUUGCGACUGAACCUGUUUUCACGUCGCUUGCUAAUGCUCUUGGAAAGACUAAAAAUCUCACUGGUCCCCAAUUAGAUCGAUUGAGUGACUUCAAAUUUUCAGAAACAGAAUUGAAGUAUGGUAUCAUACAAAUAUGUGAAGCAUUAACGUUUCUUCAUCGUGACGGGAAACGAUUUCACUUGAAUGUUUCUCCUGAGUCGAUUGUAGUCAAUGUGUUAGGUUCUUGGAAGCUGUGUGGAUUUGAAUUUGCGUAUGAUAGAAAUGAUGAAGAAUGGGUAAGCACUCCAUCUUGGCAAUCAUCAAUUCCUUCGCUGUGUCAAUCACAUCUCGACUAUUGUGCUCCUGAAGUAGUGUUAGAGGGUAAAGGUUAUGCUGCCAGUGAUAUGUUUUCCGUUGGAAUGCUUCUUUAUACCUUUUACAACCAUGGGAUAUCUGCCCUCGAUUGCAAUGAAAGCUAUGGUGCUUAUCGGGAUUUAAUUAAGAAGUUGAGACCUUUAUCGCCUGCUAUAUUGUCAAACAUUCCAGCAGGAAUUAAAGAUUACGUGAAAAUGCUCCUGCAACCAGAUGUUGCCUUACGACCAGACUCACACGACAUUCUGAAACUUCCCUUUUUCGAUGACGCCAACGUGGCCUGUUUAAAGAGUCUAGACGACCUCUACCAGAUGGACAAUCUAUCUCGUUCCAAGUUCUACCGAAACCUACCGAACGCUAUCAAGAAUUUACCACCUAGGAUUAAUCUUCACAGAGUUUUUCCUCAACUGUCGGAGGAAUUUAAUAAUAAAAACAUGGUUCCUUUUGUACUUCCUUCUAUUCUCCUAAUUAUUGAUAUGUCAAGCCGCGAGGAGGUAACUACGUACAUAUUGCCGAGGUUUAAGUUUGUUCUUGCCAUUAACGAGCCAAUACAGGUGGUUCAAGUAUUGCUGCAGAAUUUGGGUAUUCUUGUGGCCAAACUUUCGCCAGCAGAUUUCAAGACUUAUGCUCUGCCUAUUCUCAACUCUGCUCUGGAGUCGAAUUCUACGCCAAUUCUCGUGGCGGAGGUAUUCAGCAUGGAACCAUCUAAGUCAAUCCAGAAGCCAUCGUCAGCCCUUCAGACGCAGCCUAUGAGUCUUGAGACCAAGAAACGAGCAGUACUAGAGUUUGAACAGUUGGAGCGCAUGAAGCAACAGCCGAGUCUCACUCCACUUCAAGCUGCACCUACGCCGAAAAGUAAACCUACUGAUCUUACUGAUACUUUGAUCAAAUCCAACCUAGAUUUAAAUUGGAGUCGUCCAACGGCUCAACCGCCAACAUUCCAGCCAAUGGCACUGAACCCCACAAAGCCCAUGUUUGGCAAUUUCAUUUCUCCUCAACAACAACCGAAUUAUUUUGUCCAAAAUCCCAUCAUCUCCUCCUUUAACGGAGGCAAUGCACUUCCUCAAAGAGUUCCUAACCAACUACCUCCAACCUCGACUAUGUAUGCUCGUCCACAAGCGCCGUCAAACUUCAUUCAGCCUGCACCAAUCUGGCAGACUACUGCUACUAGCAACAACGCUAGCAAUAAUCCACCCCCUCUCUCCAAAUCUGACAUUAUGGACCUUCUUAGGUAA